ACCAAACCUGCUAAACACACUCAGUCAGUUUGAUCUCAGGCACUUAAGCCAAGCAAGCAACCCACUCGCGCCGUGCCAAAGAAAUGACACAAACAUUGUGACCAAUUCACUUUCAAAUCGGUUCUUCAACAGCUCGGAGUGACCUUUCUCGAAAUAUUGUGCCCAAAACGGCCACCACAAUGCUAGUGAAAGUGUUGGUCUUUUUCACCUUCUUCUUGAUUUGUUCGGCCAAAGUGACCCCAAAAGUAAAAUGCACUCCCGAGCUGAUGAGGGUGGAGAUUCCCAUUUCGGCGUCGACGAAGCGCGUCUACCUGGGCAGUUUGCGGGACUAUCCAGACCCCGCCUGCAGGCCCUACACCGAUCCCUCGGGAACUCUCGCCGUGUUGGAGCUCAACCUGACUGAUGUUUAUCGAUGUGCCGUCACCAGAGUCGUCAACAAGCAGACGGGCAAGCAGAUUUAUUACCAAACAUUAGUGAUAGAAUCCUUGGAAAAUGUGGAAGGAGUGGCGAAAGAGAUCCAGGAAACGCUCCACGUUAAGUGUUCCCUAUUCUCCUCAAGGAACCAUUCGAUAGCGCGCCGAGACGUGCUCCCGGCGGGAUUCCAGGAAGCCGAGGACGCCGAUUUGCAGUUUAUGAAUAUCUCGGAGUCGAGGGCUCCAGACCCGAUCCUGGGAGUGGGAGUGCGCCAAGCCGGGAAAUUGGUUACGGGAGAAUUGAACGUUUCGCCGGGAACUCCGCUCCAGAUGGAGAUUUUCCUGGAUAAGGCCUCGGCGCCCAUCUAUGGGCUCCUGGUCACUCAUAUGCAAGUCACCGACACCAAUGUCCAGGAGGAGACCAUCAUUUACAACGGGUGCUCGGUCGAUCCAUACCUAUUCGAAAACUUCAACACAGUGGACGGCGACUUCCUCGCCGCCAAAUUUCGAGCUUUCAAAUUCCCCGAAUCAACUUACGUCCAAUUUAAAGGAACGGUCAACGUAUGUCUCGACAAAUGCAAAGGGGUGGAGUGCAGCGACGGCCAGAUCGGCUACGGUCGAAAGCGGCGCGCCAUUUCCUCAAAUCCCAGCAGUCCUAACGGCUUAUUCGAAAUAACCAUCACGUCGUUCAUAAAAGUCGAUUAUGAAGAGGGAUCGGAAAAGUUGAAAGACCUAAUCGAGAACCAGACAGUGAUGUACAAUAACAAGAUGCUGAUAGUCGGCAAUCAAAUGACGGAUAAUCGGAGGCUUUAUAAAACCCUAGACGACAACAACUUAAAAAGCCUAGAGAGCAAAGAGGAGCGCUCUUACACUUCCAUUGUGGCAGAAAACUCAUCGUCAGCGCGCAAUUUCGAUCUAGCCGUUAUUUCGCUUUUAGUUUUGUUCAGAUUGUUCUUGUAAAUACGAGGUGCAGAAACCAAUUGGAAUAAUUGCGAUGUAAAUAUGUCUGUGAUAAAAACAUUCUUCAUCUGCACAGUGCGAGAGGGUUUGUAAAAACGCAAUACUAAUUUAAUACUGCCAGCUUUAUUCAAUUAACAUGCGGCCAUUAAAUCAACGAUUCGGAAGAAACUUGCAUGCGAAUUUUAUAUCACGUGCAAAGACCGACGAUUUUAACGAACCAGCUUCAAAAUAUUGACUCUUAACUGUAAUAACUAUUUUUAAAUUAAUAUUAAUUAUUUAACUAGUCUGUAUUUUGAAUAAACGCCGUAAUUUUACU